AUGUUGGCCAUGUUAAAUCGAGUUCUCGACUGGUUUCGGAGCCUUUUCUGGAAGGAAGAAAUGGAGCUCACUCUCGUUGGACUUCAGAAUUCUGGAAAAACCACUUUUGUCAACGUGAUCGCUAGUGGUCAAUUCACCGAAGAUAUGAUUCCCACGGUCGGCUUCAACAUGCGCAAGAUCACAAAAGGAAAUGUGACGAUAAAGCUCUGGGAUAUCGGUGGUCAGCCACGUUUUCGUUCAAUGUGGGAGCGAUAUUGUCGAGGAGUGAAUGCUAUCGUUUUCAUGGUUGACGCUGCUGAUGAGGACAAACUUGAGGCUUCCCGCAACGAGUUGAUGCAACUUCUCGAUAAACCUCAACUGGAUGGAAUCCCCGUUUUGGUGCUUGGAAACAAGAAAGAUCUGCCUGGCUCACUCGACGAGCUUCAACUCAUUGAACGAAUGAAUCUCUCCGCAAUUCAAAACCGAGAAAUCUGCUGCUAUUCGAUCUCGUGCAAAGAAAAGGAGAACAUCGACAUUACUUUACAGUGGCUCAUCCAGCAUUCAAAAAGUCAGCGA